AUGAAUUCAAUGACGAAUUGGAACAGAUUUAAAAAUGGCCGCUCAAUCUGAGGAUAUGUUUUCACAUGAGACCGAUACGAUAGAACAGUCAAAGAAAGAAGUAAAAACAUAUAUUAAAGGUAUCGAGAAAGAAAAAGAAAAAUUUUACGCAGCAAUUUUCUUAAGCACCGUCACUGGCCUGUCUGCUUUUAUCGGCUUUGGUACAACACUUGCCUCGGUAAGAAAGAAAGAUCCAAAAUACUUUGACAAAGGAUUAAGCGGAUCUAGAAGGCUCCAAGAAACAGGCACAUUGUUAGCCUUCAGAGCACUCUGUUGGGGUACAUUCUAUGCCGUAACAGGAUGCGGUCUUCUGUUUUAUGGUAUCUGGAAGAUCUCUGGUGCAAAAAAUGCUGAAGAAUUUAGAUAUAAAAUGGGAUCGCUUUUACCAAAGAUUCCUAAAAACAAUCCUCCACAAAGUAGAGUAGAAUUCGAGGGUUUGACCGAUCUUCUUACGUAUAUUGCCGAAGAUUGGGGUAAAAAAAAGGACUGAAAGAUACUCUUGUGUACUCAUUCAUCAAGCUGAAAUUUAUGAAUUUGUAAUGCAAACGCAUCUUUCAUCGUUAGAAAAAUAAUAAUUUGUAUAAAGUAAUAAUGUAUUAUAAAGAUUACGCCCAAACUCUGUACAAAUGUUAAGUAUGUUAAUCGACAACUUGAAUACAAUAUAUUUUUUAUCAAAACGUAAUUUUAUAUAAUUAUAAAAAAAAGGAAAGAAGAAGAAGAAGAAGAAAUAACUAAUCAUUUGGAAAUUAAUAUGAGAAGAACGAAAAAACAUGGAGCUACAUAAUACCAUGUAGAAUUUUAUGAAAUAUCAACAAGAUAUACGAAAUGAUAAAAGAAAAAGAUCAUGCUCUUUGACUAAUACGUGAUAAUUUUGUUUGACAAAUAUACGGAGAAAGCGAUCAGUAAUUUCUAAACGUAUAUUUAUCGUAUCAUACGUCCGAUGACCUCGCAUUCGUGUAUUCGUAUACCGAGUAGUAUACUGUGCCACUUAGUGUCAGAAAUUUUCUAAUUGACACUUACCUCGAUACAUAAAUUAUACAUACAUAUAUAUAUAUAUAUAUAUAUAUAUAUAUAUAUAUAUAUCGAGUAAAGACAUAUAAUUAACAAAACAUUUUCUUUAUUUAUUUCUCUUUAAAGUAAAAACUUUUAAAAUAUACAAA